CCGUAAUACAGCUCAACUUCCAGCCUCAUAACUUAACCACCAACGUUUAUAACCCCGACAACCGUCCCCACCAUUCUGUUAUCCCCUGACCCCCUCACCGGCCCUUUUUUUGGCCUCUUCAGUUUCUCCCCACACACACACACACAAAAGCAGUAAUAUAUAUUUAGAUACCUUUAUCCCCCUGCAGCAAUGGCGUUGUUCGGGCCGGCCAUCUGGUUUUUCGCAGCCGCCUUUCUCCUUCAGUCCUGUGUCCUUGAGGCGGCCACCAAUAAAGUCUACAUCGUACACAUGGAUAAAAACCUCAUGCCCAACACCUACAACACCCAAAGCGAUUGGUACGCCGACCACUUACAAACCCUCACCGCCGCUAAACCGGAAAACAUCAUCUACACCUACAAGGACGCGUUCCAUGGCUUCGCUGCCGCCCUCUCCCCAGAGGAGGCCGAUGCCCUGCGCCAGUCGAAUGCCGUCGUCAGUGUGUCCGAGGACAAGGUGUACGAACUCCACACCACGCGCACGCCGGAGUUUCUGGGGCUGACCGGGGAGCAGGCCGGCAACACUCUGCAGCGACUGAAUCAGGCCUCAUACGAUGUGAUCAUCGGAGUCCUGGACACCGGCGUCUGGCCGGAGUCGAAGUCCUUCAGAGACGACGGCAUGCCGAAAGUGCCCUCUCGGUGGGGCGGAACAUGCGAGAAAGGCUUCUGCAACCGGAAGCUAAUCGGCGCUCGAUCCUUCACCGAUGGAUACAGAAGGGCGGUGGGUAAAACUAACGAGUCAAUGUCCGCCCGCGACCUUGAAGGCCACGGCACGCACACGGCAAGCACCGCCGCUGGUGCCGUUGUUCCCAACGUCAGCCUCUUCGGCUACGCUAGCGGCAACGCUCGUGGAAUGGCUCCCCAAGCCAGGGUCGCUGCCUACAAAGUCUGCGGGGCGGAGGGUUGUAUGUCGUCAGACAUACUCGCGGGCAUUGACAGUGCGAUUAAAGACGGAGUCGACGUCCUUUCCAUGUCCCUUGGUGGUCCACCCACGCCCUACCCCCACGAUGCCGUCGCCAUCGGAGCUUUUGCGGCCAUGGAAAAGGGGAUCUUCGUCUCGUGCUCGGCCGGAAACUCCGGCCCAGGCGAGAGUACGGUCUCGAACGUCGCGCCGUGGAUUAUGACCGUCGGUGCCAGCACAAUCGAUCGGGAUUUCCCGGCUUAUGUGGCUCUAGGAAACAACCACAAGUUCAAGGGCGUGUCGUUGUACAGUGGUAAAGGAAUGGGGGAAAAGUUGGUAGAGUUAGUCUACGGCACAAGCAACAACAAGUCGAGCAUUCUGUGCCUGCCGGGAUCCCUUGACGCCGCGCAAGUGAAUGGCAAGGUGGUGGUCUGCGACAGAGGGGUUGGACGAGCGCAGAAAGGGGCGGUGGUGAAAGCAGCCGGAGGCGUGGGGAUGAUACUGGCCAACACGAAGGAAAGCGGUGGGGAGGAGCUUCUAGCCGACAGCCACCUUCUGCCAGCCGUGGCGGUGGGGCGGAUGUCGGGAGAUGCGAUAAAAAAGUACAUGAAGACGGACAAGAAGCCGAUGGCGGUGCUGAGCUUAUUCGGGGAAACGGAGGUGAAGGUGAAGCCGGCGCCGGUGGUGGCGGCAUUCAGCUCGAGGGGCCCGAACAUGGUGACGCCGGAGAUCCUGAAGCCCGACGUGAUCGGGCCCGGCGUCGACAUCCUGGCAGCAUGGUCGGAGGCGGUGAGUCCCACGGACCUACCAAAGGACCCCAGGAGAAGCCCGUUCAACAUCAUAUCAGGUACGUCGAUGUCGUGCCCGCACAUAAGUGGGCUGGCAGCUCUUGUGAAGGCGGCCCACCCGGACUGGAGCCCGAGCGCGAUCAAGUCGGCCCUCAUGACCACGGCCUACACCCUCGACAACACCAACUCCUCCAUCACUGAUGCCAACGACAAUUCCAACGCAACCGCGUACGCCAUGGGCGCGGGCCACGUGGACCCGAUCAAGGCCCUCUCCCCAGGCCUCGUGUACAACACCACCACGAACGACUACCUCGCCUUCCUAUGCUCCCUCGGCUACAGUCCGAGUCAUAUCCUAGCCAUCACCAGGAACAGCAAUCAAACGUGCGACAAGCUUGAGUCCAAGUUCAACAACCCAGCCGAGCUCAACUACCCCUCUUUCUCCGUGCUGUUUGGGAAGCUCGGGAACGUGAGUCUGACCAGGACGUUGACCAGCGUGGAGCCCGGCAUGUCGGUUUACACUGUCUCAGUCAAGGCACCCCCGAAUGUUAACGUGACUGUGAAUCCAACGAGUCUUAGUUUCAAGGACGUUGGGGACAGUUCGAGUUAUACGGUUACAUUCGUGUCGAAAAGUGUUUCGGAUCAGGAUGCGUUUGGCUCAAUUUCGUGGAACAAUGAGAAGCACACGGUGAGGAGCCAGGUUGCAUACUCAUGGGCAGGGCAAUAAGAUCCUUUCAUGCACCAUAGGUUACUUACAGCAAGGGAAACCAAUCCAAACCUAACCUAAUGGCUUAUAUGUGGACAUCUUGCGGAGAGAGUUUUUUUGUGGUGAAGAAUAAAGUUUUUUUUUUUUCAAUAUAUUUUCUUUUAUAUGUUUUAUUUUGUUUGUUAAGUGAAGUUUACUGUACUGCGAUUGUGCAUCAUGCCAUGGUCAAGUUUCACCAACAGCUUUUUUUUCUUCAAUAUUAUAUGCAAUUUACAAAUGGUAAUUUAAUAUAAUUUGGGCCUCCAAUUGAGUAAUGUGCUAUGGUAUUUCAAUAUGCAAACGUGUUAGACUCGUGAAGCGUGAGACCACAAUUUUAAUCUUACAAAUGUUAUUCUAGUUACAAAAAA